GUAAGGGGGGCGCCAGGUCUCCCUGUCUUUCCCGAUGUCUUCUUUCCGAUUACUUAGAAUAGGUUCACCCUACGUUUAACUUCUUACUCCAUAGGGGUCAUAUAUUCAUGCUAGCAUAUGAGGCAACUGGGCACAUUUAUUUCGUAAUUCGAUUGUCGAAGGCAGUGUAUAUUAUAUUAAGCAUUUUGCUGUUGCUGAUAACAAGAACCAAUGUAGUUGGCCACGUUUGCAACGAGGGCAUGAUUGAGGAGCAGUGCAUUCAUGAUCGUAUGGUGCCUUGCCUUAUGCUAGAACUGCAGUAUGUGAGAGAUGUGAAACAAUAUGAGCUACUGGCUCGGUUUCGUGGCCACGGAAAUCACUAUCCCGAUUCAUAUAGCUAGGAUGUUCUGUGUAAAAUUGAUGAUUCUUAUCCCUAAUUUUCUCCCCCUUAUCCAAUCCCGACCCCAACUCAUCCCCCCACCAUCUCACAAUUUUAGUUGACUUUGAGGUCAAAACUUUAAACUUUAAAGUUAACUAUACUUGCGUGGUGAAGUUGACGUAAGUGGAGGAUUAGUUAAGGUCAAACAUGGGCAAGGGGGUUUACCGAGAGAAUUAGAAGAGGUAAAAAUUAUCAAUUUUAUGAACUGAGCAUCGUAAGAAGACAAUGGCUUUCAUAAUAUGAAUUUUCAAGAAAAGAAGCCUUUUUGG